CCAUACCUGGCCUGUUUUCUUAACAAAGAAUUCCAAUAAAGAGCUGAUCGUGGCUCUAACUCCUUGAAUACCAGAAACACCAUCUCAUAUCACAUAAUGAGACAGGGAGACAUUCUGGUCCUCAUCUCACAGAUGAAAAAUGUCAAGGUUCAAAGGAUCAAAGUGCCCACCUAGUCACACGGGUACUCAGCCACAGGUCAGCCUGCCUUAUUUAUUCUUCAUGAGCAUUUAUAGUGACUAACAUUUACUGAGCGCCUACUAUGGGCCAUUUCUGUGCAUGCAACAACCCCUUUAAGUCCUUGUUUCUAAUCAAGAAGCAAGGAAAUGGGGUCAGGGAAGGGACAAGGUUUCCCCAAGUCCAGGCAGGGGCAGAGGUCAAGCUCAGAACCAUCACCUGCCCACGGCACAUGCCCAGGACUCAGGUUCCCUAGGCUUCCUUCCAAAGGCUCAGCAGUGACGAGCCAGCCCUUGAACCAGCCUCUUCCCCCACCCAAGCAGCCACCUCUCAGGGGAAUUGUGGCCACCACAGGUGCAGGGAGCAGUUCCUCUCCACUCACAGCCUGAAGCCUACCCGGCAGGGGCUGUCCCCAGGCCCAACAAGCAAAGGGCCCAGCAGCGAGGGCCACUGGAGCCCAUCUCCGGGGGGCUGGGCAGGAAGUAGGGUGGGGUUUGGGGUAGGGAUCUGGUACCCCGGGACUGCUGCAACUCAAACUAACCAACCCACUGAGAGAAGAUGCCUGGGGGUCCAGGAGUCCUCCAAGCUCUGCCUGCCACCAUCUUCCUCUUCUUCCUGCUGUCUGCUGCCUACCUGGGCCCUGGGUGCCAGGCCCUGUGGGUAGAUGGGGGCCCAACAUCAUUGAUGGUGAGCCUGGGGGAAGAGGCCCACUUCCAAUGCCUGCACAAUGGCAGCAACGCCAAUGUCACCUGGUGGCGCAUCCUCCAUGGCAACUACACGUGGCCCCCUCAGUUCGUGGGCGAGGGCCAGGGCUACAAUGGGACGCUGACCAUCCAGAACGUGAACAAGAGCCACGGGGGCAUAUACCUGUGCCGGGUCCAGGAGGGCAAUAAGCCACACCAGCAGUCCUGCGGCACCUACCUCCGUGUGCGCCAUCCGCCCCCCAGGCCCUUCCUGGACAUGGGGGAGGGCACCAAGAACCGAAUCAUCACAGCCGAGGGGAUCAUCCUCCUGUUUUGCGCGGUGGUGCCUGGGACGCUGCUGCUGUUCAGGAAACGAUGGCAGAAUGAGAAGCUCGGGUUGGAUGCCGGGGAUGAAUAUGAAGAUGAAAACCUUUAUGAAGGCCUGAACCUGGACGACUGCUCCAUGUAUGAGGACAUCUCCCGGGGCCUCCAGGGCACCUACCAGGAUGUGGGCAGCCUCAACAUAGGAGAUGUCCAGCUGGAGAAGCCAUGACACCCCUACUCCUGCCGGGCUGCCCCUGCCUGCUGUGGACCCAGCUCCAGUGUCUCAGUUCACUUCCCUGGGACAUUCUCCCUUCAGCCCUUCUGGGGGCUUCCUUAGUCAUCUUCCCUCGGUGGGGAGUGGGGGGUAAUCUCACUCUUCUCCAGGCCAGGCCUCCUUGGACUCCCCCGGGGCUGUCCCACUCUUCUUCCCUCUAAACUGCCCCAUCUCCUAACCUAAUCCCCCCCUGCUGCCUUUCCCAGGCUCCCCUCACCCCAGUGGGUAAUCAGCCCUUAAUCACUGCCUCCAGGGGAGCUGAUUGUAGCAGCUCCCCUGUCACCCCCUCCUCCAUGAUCUGUCAGUGUCACCCCCUUCUCCAUGAUCUGUCAGGGCCACUUAGUAAUAAUAAAUUCUUCCCAACUGCA